CUAACGUCUCCUCGAGAUGCUUGCCGAUCGGAGGCGGUCUCGGCAGCGUUUCGGUCGGCAGCGAGCUCUGACAAAGUGUGGAGGAGUUUCCUUCCGUCCGAUUACGCUGAGAUGCUUGCACGAGCUGUCGAUCGAGUCGAAUUUGGAUCGACCAAGCAUCUCUACUUCCGCCUCUGCGACCCAAUCCUCAUCGACGGCGGAAGGAUGGGAUUUUUUGUGGAUAGAGAGACCGGGGUUAAGUGCUUCAUCUUGCCGGCGAGGGAGCUUAGGAUUGUGUGGGCACAGGGAGAUACUCCACAAUAUUGGAGAUGGAUUCAUCACCCUGAAUCAAGGCAAUGAGCUUGUUCUGAAUUUUUUCUUCUGUCUCUUUUAUUUGUUUAUGAUAUUUAUAUGAAAUUCUUUUGUUAUCGAUGAAGUUAUGGAUAAAAUUUGAUUUGUUUUC